AUGGGAGAUACUAUCAUUGCUAUUGGUGGAAAUUCAGAAAAUGAACGUCAUCAGUCUGUGGCGGUCAAGACAGUAGAGUACUUGGUAUUGGGUGAGAACACGUGGAAAAAGCUUCCACCAAUGCAUUGUGAAAGAAGUGGGGCAACCGCAUGUCUUCUCCCGUAA